AAUAUUCGAAAAAGUGACGUCAUUAUUAGGUUUAUUAUAUUGGGAUACAUUUUUCCAUAUAUAUAUGAAUGAUAAAAAAUAUAAAAAAGCCACUUAUGCGGUUAUACCGAGUGUCGAUAAAACUACAUCCUACACAAUAAAUGCCAAGUGCCUACUGCCGGUGCCCACGUCGAAUCGCCGACUGUAGACGAUCAUGCGCACUGCCUAGAAUCUGGAAAAUGGCUGCACACUGUUGCUGUUUUCACAGAUUACGUCGAAAUUUAUUUACAAGAACACUCGUGCAGUUAAAAUAACGACUGUUAACAAAGAAGUGCGUACAAUAUAAUGCUUCCAACUUGAAUGUAUACAAAUAGCGACUUAUAAUUGUUUGAUCAAUACUGGAUUUAUGGAAACACUCUAAUAGCGAAGAAAACAAACUGUUUUUCAAGUUAUGUUCUAUGUGUUACAGCACAGAUUUCUUUUAACCUCAUAUGAACAGACAUUCCUGAGCUUUGUAGUUUUCAUUGUACAUUUACUAGUGAACUUCCCAAAGCAAAAAUUAGGCUCAAAAAUGAUUAUGCUGAACAAGACAACUUAUCAGAACCUGUGAAGUAAAAAAAUAAACCCCUUAAAGGUUUUAUAACAAUUGAUACAUCGCAGAAAUAAAAAUGACAAAGUCCUUGACAUUACUAGUAAAUAGCUAUGGCUGUUUAAUAUUUCUCUGUUUAUUCUUCUCAUCACAAUUAACAGAAGGUUUAAAAUGUCAUUGUGACAUUUGUGAUGAUACUAAUAAUACAUGCGAGACAGAUGGAUACUGCUUUGCUAGCACUAGUUUGGAUAAGGAAAAGAUCACUUACGCCUAUAGGUGUCUUAAUCGAAGUCAAUGGUUACCUCCGGAAGCUCCACGCGUGUGUUCAAAUAAGCAAAUGGAUUUGACAAGUAGAAUUAACUAUACCUGCUGUUACGAUCGGGAUUUUUGUAACAAAGGCAUACAUCCACAACUGGCUUCUAGCAAUGAAUUAUAUUCAUUACACGAUUCAGGUACACACGAAGUCAAAGUAACGUUUUUAUUUGGUAUUGUGCUGCUUCUAUCGGCUAAAAGGUGUGUGGGAAAAAAACCUGAGCCGAUGAUCUUCUGCAUGACGAGUGACUCAAUGAAUACCACCUUCGUCAUUGAGUGCUGCAAAGAGGAUUAUUGUAAUCGCGGCCUGAAACCUCAGCUUCACCCUCGCAACAAUGAAGCUUCUGGAAGUGGUCGAGCAACAUGGGAAACUUGGAAAAUGGCUCUCACAAUAGCUCUUCCAAUUUGCGUGAUUUGCGUGACAGUGAUGAUCGUCUAUAAUAUACAUAUGACAAGAAAAAGACCAGCAGGUCGUCAUUUUCCCGACGAUUCACUCGAGGCUCCUGACCGGCCUAUUUUAGGAGGUGUCACCAUACGGGAUAUGCUCGAAAUGACUACCAGUGGAAGUGGCUCAGUGGGGCUGCCUUUGCUAGUUCAACGCAGUAUAGCCCGUCAAAUACAGCUUGUUGAAACAAUUGGCAAAGGUCGUUUUGGUGAAGUUUGGAGGGGCCGCUGGCGAGGAGAAAAUGUUGCUGUUAAAAUUUUCAGCUCCCGGGAGGAAAGAUCCUGGUUCAGGGAGGCUGAGAUCUAUCAAACCGUUAUGUUGCGACAUGAUAAUAUACUUGGCUUCAUUGCUGCAGAUAACAAAGAUAACGGCACGUGGACUCAGCUUUGGCUAAUAACAGAUUAUCACGAAAAAGGCUCUCUUUUCGAUUAUUUGAAUCGCUCGACAGUUGAUACCAAUGGCAUGGUCAAAAUGGCUUUGUCGAUAGCGACUGGACUGGCCCAUUUACAUAUGGAGAUUGUCGGUACUCAGGGGAAACCUGCAAUCGCACAUCGUGACCUUAAGUCAAAAAAUAUACUUGUGAAAACCAACGGCACCUGCGCCAUUGGUGACUUGGGUCUUGCUGUCAGACACGAUGUCAUUACUGAUACCGUUGAUAUUCAGCUAAAUAAUCGUGUUGGCACGAAACGAUACAUGGCACCCGAAGUGCUGGAAGAAACGAUAAAUAUGAAUCAUUUUGAUUCAUUCAAAAGAGCAGACGUUUAUGCUCUUGGCUUGAUUUUUUGGGAAAUUGCAAGGCGUUGUAAUGUUGGUGGCAUUCAUGAUGAUUAUCAACUGCCAUUCUACGACCUCGUACCUUCGGAUCCCACAAUCGAAGAAAUGCGCAAAGUCGUUUGUACAGACAGGCAACGGCCAUCAAUACCUAACAGAUGGAUGUCUAUCGAUGCUCUUCAUUUGAUGUCGAAAGUUAUGAAGGAAUGUUGGUAUCAUAACGCGGCAGCCCGGCUAACGGCACUCAGGAUUAAAAAAUCUCUUGCUAAUUAUGGCGAAAUGAAAGACUUGAAAUAAGCAGCAAUGGCCAAUGUUGCUCGCACAAUCUAUUGCAUUGAUUUUAAAAACCCUUCAAGAGUGUACGUUCGUCUUUCAGAUGAGAACGACAAAGCGACAAAUACCUCGUUCUAUUACCUUCAUUUCUAUUUUUUUUUAAUUUUUUUACAUCUAUAUACUUUAUAUUUUGAUCGCUGGUUUAAGCUGUAAAACUCGACAAACAUCGACCUUUACUCAAGAGCUCGAAAGUUGAAAUAGUCAAGACUGAUAUAUAACUCGAAUAAUAAUGUUCCUUUAUGUUCUUCGAUGUGGCCCAUGCUGUACAGCGCUACUUUUGCCUUAAUUAUACAAAUUCAUGCUAUGAUAAAAAGUAAAACUUGGCAAAAUAACAUACAUUCGAAACUGUGUAAAAAAUUUUAAUCUCAAGUUUAAGUUAUGUUGCUAAAAUUUACUAGGCAGCAUUGUUUAAUCAUUAAAUAAAUUUUAAUUAUAGUUAUCAUAUAUCUUGGGGUCAGCACGCCUAGCAUCUUUGAUGGUAUAUUUACAACCAGAUGACAUUAUUAUGUUUACAUUAAUACUAGCUAAUUAUGAGUAUCGCUAAUGGUACCUCAUAAGAACCAUACGGUAUCAGAUUAUUUAGUUUUUUUUUUAAUAGAACACUUCAAGUACAUCACCAAAUGAAGUAAGCUAUGCAGAUCUUGAUACAAAUACUUGUCAAACAUUUAUGUUCCGUAAACUUGAGAGUAAGAUUAACGAAGAAUAUAACUUAAAAGCCACGAGGUUUCUAACUUUCAAAUCAAGAAAAUCUAUUGAAAUAAUGAAAUUUUAAAUGACAAGGAGAAUACAUUAAUACGAGCUCUUCUUUUAUCCAGUAACGAAAUAUUUUUCGUUAAUAAAUGUCAAUUUUUUCAAUUGUUGACCGUGAUUUUAGCAGUAGUAAUUUUGAAAUACCAAACGAUCAAGUUUUCUAUUCAAGUUUUUAAUGAUGUACAUUUUACUUGGUAAUUUGUAAUUAGAUUUUUUAAAACUAGAUUGUAUUAGUUAUAAAACUAAAUCCAAAGUCUGAAGGAGCUAUUAAGCUAGAUUUAUGUUUAUGCAUAUGCCUAUAUUUACAUCUGCAUAUAAAUAGCUGAUAAAGUCGUUUACCUUUGUUAUGAGUUUUCGCAGAUGUAGUUUUAUUUAAGACUACAAACUGUUGUAAAAUUGAAUUUUAGUGUCUAGUUUUUUACCAUUAGUCCCUUAUUUUCUCAUCCAUUUUUAA